AUGACAACAACUGAUCUUAAUGGAAUAAAUCCGCACUACUGUCAACUAUGUGGAUGCCUACAGAUACUCCAAGUUCAAAGUUCGGCGAAGGUGGAAUCAGAUGGAUGUGUUGAAAUUCAACUUGAUCCGGAUGUUGAAUGGAUGCCAUCUACCGAAACGCAUUUAUCUCUUAUUCGUAAUGGUAUAUCUUCAUCUCAACAGUGGAUUACCUAUACCUCAGUUAUGUUGCCUUAUGAAUUUUCUCAUAAAUUUGAUUGA